UUUAGUUAUUUAGUUCGUCACCCAUUAUUAUUUGUAAUUAACUAAUCCUUGACAAUAAUGAGCUAAUUUUCCACUGCGAGUGCGCGCAAAAAUCCAAAACGAUCGUUUUGUGGUGCAAAACUAGUCACAGUGCGUUUAGAAUCAAUAGGGGGAAACGUCACGAUGACAGCAACCCCCGAGUCGCAAAUUCUCCAAGCCAACGCCUCUUUCGCCCUAAACCUGUACGAAAUCCUGUCGCGUAAAAAAGGUAACAUUUUUUUCUCCCCGCUCAGCGUUCAUGCCGUUCUUUCGAUGUUGUAUCAGGGGGCGCAGGGCGAGACGGCGCAGGCUUUGGCGCACGCCUUGAAAAACCCGGAUGUUAAAUCUACAGCGGAAGGAUACAGGGAUGUAAUCGCACAUUUGGGCUCGCUCAAGGACGUUACUUUGCUAACGGCGAACAAAAUCUACGGAAACCAGGCGAAAAGCAAAUUUUUGAAGGCGUUUGAGGACUGUGUCGUUAAGAAUUUUGGGUCGGAAAUCGAACUUUUGGACUUGGGGGAGCCGAAAGGCGCGGCCAGGAUUGUCAAUAAGUGGGUCGAGGACAAAACGCGCGAGAAAAUCAAGAAUAUCGUCAACGAGGCGCUGUUUAAUAACAAAAACUUGAGCUUGGUUUUGAUCAAUGCCAUUUACUUCAAAGGGGACUGGUUGUCCACUUUUAAGGAGCAAUCGACCAAAAAAGACAAGUUUUACUUGGAGGAUAAGACUGCAAUUGAGGUGGAAAUGAUGCACCAGAAGGAACACUUCUAUUAUAAAGACGACCAAGAGCUGGGGGCCCAAAUUAUUGAAAUGCCGUACAAGGGAUCCACAGUCAAAAUGAUGAUAAUAUUACCCAAAGACGGCAUAGGCAAGCUUGAAGAAAAAUUACCCAAAACCGACUUGAAGAAACUCACUGACGGCUUGAAACGUACCGAACUUCACCUUUUCGUACCCAAAUUCAAGAUGGAAGAAACCAUAAAACUGAACCAAAUCCUAAUCGAACUGGGCUUAAAACCCAUUUUCGAUAUGAACCAAGCCGACUUCAAGGGAAUCUUAGACACUAGUAGCCUCCAGGAUAAUAUUUUCGUCAGCGAAGUGAUUCAGAAGGCGUUUGUCGAAGUCAACGAAACUGGAACCGUGGCAGCAGCGGCCACAAGGGCUGCCAUGGUCUUGGGCUGCGCCCCCGGUGCCCCCAAACCGGUCAUUUUCCGAGUGGACAAACCCGCUGUUUUCCUAAUCGUGGCUUCGCACGGCGAAGAAAGAAACGUACUGUUUUUGGGACGCCUGUCCCAACCUGAGUAUUAAUCAAGAGCUUCUGGAAAAUCUUCUAUUUUGCUGGCGCAAUAUACGUGACAAGCAAUUCAAAAAUAAAAAAUUGCUAAAACGAUAUAUUUUCUAAUAUUUAUGGACUUCAUAUACUUAAAAAGCGGUUUUGACGCAAAGUACUAUUAGCUUGAUCGAUUGCGACUUUUUGUAGUUUUAUUCGUUGUAUUUUUUUACAAUGACUGGUUUUUACAAAUAAAACGCUUUUGGAAGAAAA